UCCCUGUACUAUCCAAUGCGUGUUGCUUUUCUCGGCCUGCAACUGUGAACUGUGUACAGAACUUCGCAGAUCGCGAUCGACACGUGGCCAAAAACGUACGCUUCGUCCAUUACCAUAUCCACGUAGUGCAUUUGUGCUGCCUACUACGAGUAGCAUUUGUUUUCUUUACAAAAUUUACCUUGAUGAUCUAUCUGCGAAUAUUUAGCCGAUGUAUGAUUAUAUUUCGCGAAUGUUGUGACCGGUCUUACAUGAAUCUCCGCCGUCGUAUCAUCGACCUUGAACUUGCGCAUCGACGGCAUGGUUUGUUGUUGAAUCUGUAGACGCUUGGGAGCUUCUCCUCUGGUUCAUUUGGGAGGGUUUUCUGCUCGGGGAUUUCACAGCCAUGAAAUCCUUUAAGCCGUCAUUCUUUUUUAUAUCUGUGUUAAUUUUUAUCCAGUGUUUUCGAAGUUUAGCCGAUGAGCACAGUCAUACGUAUGAUGAUAAGGAAGAAGUGAUCUUAUGGAUGAACACAGUGGGCCCAUAUGCCAAUCGGCAGGAAACCUAUUCCUUCUUCUCCCUGCACUUCUGUCAGGGCGACAAGCACAAACUGGAGCAUUACCAUGAGUCCAUGGCCGAGGACCUGCAGGGGAUUGAUCUGGAGAACAGCGGGCUGGACAUCAAAUUCAAAACGACACAGACCAAGUUGGAGUUCUGCAAGAUUGAUAAUUUAGACAAGGAUAUGUUGAAUUCCUUCAUGUACGCCAUAAAGAACAACUACUGGUUCCAGGCAUAUCUGGAUGAUUUACCGUUGUGGGGUACAGUUGGCGAGUUCGACGAAGCGAGCAACUCGUACUACCUGUACACUCACCGUAAAAUCGACAUUGGCUAUAAUGGGAAUCGCAUCGUGGACGUUAACUUGACCAACGAAGGCAAAGUGAAAUUGGAAAUGAACGGCAAGAUCCCCUUCUCGUACGAAGUGACAUGGAAACCCUCGUCCGUGAAAUUCCACGAUCGCUUCGACAAGUACCUCGAUCCAUCGUUCUUUCAGCAUCGUAUCCAUUGGUUCUCCAUCUUCAAUUCCUUUAUGAUGGUCAUCUUCCUUGUCGGUUUGGUAUCGAUGAUCCUGAUGCGAACGCUGCGGAAGGAUUAUGCCCGGUACAGUAAAGAGGAGGAUAUGGAGGAUUUAGAGCGGGAUUUGGGCGAUGAGUACGGAUGGAAACAGGUGCACGGCGAUGUAUUUCGCUCUCCAUCCAAAGUCACCAUUUUCUCCAGUCUUAUCGGCUCCGGUUAUCAGCUGGCUGUGGUAACCAUUUUUGUGAUUGUGUUGGCUAUUUUUGGCGAUUUGUACACAGAACGCAGUUCGUUGUUGGGAGCGGCUAUCUUUGUGUAUGCCGCCACAUCCCCGGUGAAUGGGUUUUUUGGAGGUUCGUUGUAUUCGCGCUUUGGAGGGAAGCAGUGGAUACGGCAGAUGCUAAUUAGCUCCUUUUUGUUUCCUUCUCUGGUCUGCGGUGUGGCAUUCCUGAUCAACUUCAUUGCGAUCUAUUAUCACGCCUCUCGGGCUAUUCCUUUCUUGACGAUGCUGGCUGUGGCAGCUAUUUGUUUAUUCAUCAUUCUACCGUUGAAUCUGGUGGGUACCAUUCUGGGACGCAAUCUGGCGGGACAGGCCGAUAAUCCGUGCCGGGUGAACGCUGUACCACGUCCGAUACCGGAGAAAAAGUGGUACAUGGAACCUUAUGUCAUCGCCUUGAUUGGGGGUAUUUUGCCGUUUGGGUCGAUUUUCAUCGAGAUGUACUUUAUUUUUACGUCAUUUUGGGCGUACAAAAUCUAUUACGUCUAUGGAUUUAUGCUGCUGGUGUACAUCAUCCUCGCUGUGGUGACCAUUUGUGUCACAAUCGUUUGCACCUACUUCCUUCUGAACGCCGAAGACUAUCGCUGGCAGUGGACAAGUUUUCUGGCCGGCGCAUCGACAGCCCUUUACGUUUUCCUUUAUUCGUAUUACUACUUCAUGUUCAAAACGAAGAUGUAUGGCUUGUUCCAGACCGCAUUCUAUUUCGGCUACAUGGGCGUGCUCAGUAUUGGCCUGGGAAUUGUGUGCGGUACAUUCGGCUUCUUCGGUACCAGUGUGUUUGUGCGCAAGAUCUACUCCACGGUCAAGAUCGACUAAGAGUUCUCUCAAAAUUACUGUAAUUUGUUGUUAUGGAAUGAUAUUUAAGCUUCUCUACGGCGGUCUGCGAGUAUGUUUUGGCCAAUGUUUAUUUGUUCAACACUGUGCUGCUUUGAUGUCAGUUUUAAGCUCUUUCCGGUAGAUAUUUCCGUACAACGCUGUAAUAAAAAAAGUUUUUAUACCGAACAUUUCCUGCUGCGCCAUUUUGAAACGUUUCUUAAUCACUUGCAAAGGUGGUGUUUGCAAAUAAAUUCACUGAACGUG